AUGUGCAAACUUCGGGUGAAGGGUUUGAGAAUAUAUUAUUCUGCUUCCUCUCGCCUGUCACGUCUCUGCAUUUGUUACCUCACUCUCUGGCGGCCGAGCCUCCUCCUUCACAGAAUGGAUUCACAAAUUAAGCAUGCCAUCGUGGUGAAGAUUAUGGGCAGGACAGGAUCUCGUGGUCAAGUCACUCAGGUGAGAGUGAAAUUUAUCGAUGACCAGAACCGUUUCAUUAUGAGGAAUGUCAAGGGACCAGUCAGGGAAGGUGAUGUUCUCACCCUGCUGGAGUCUGAGAGAGAGGCCAGGAGAUUGCGCUGA